GGAUGAUAGGAAAGAUAACGUUGCCUCGAGCUAUAUCGAUCGCAUUCCUCUUCACGAAACAAACACCACUCCACUCCUUGAACUCCAGUCUUCAUCAUGUCCGUCGAAAAGAUCAACUCCACUGAAGUCGGGCAGCACAAGCACAUCUUGUCCCAUGCGACGAAGGUCCCCGGCUUGAUUUUCCUCUCCGGUCAGACUCCCGUGAAGGAUGGAAAGCUAGUUGAAGGAGGUAUCAAGGAGCACACAGCCCAAUGCAUCGCGAAUCUCGGAGAGGUUCUUAAGGCUGCGGGAUCGUCGUGGGAGAAGGUUCUUAAAGUCAACGUGUACCUCAAGGACAUGGAUAACUUCUCGGCAAUGAAUGAGGUGUACGAGCAGCUUUUGCCCACACCCAAGCCGGCCAGGACGUGUAUUCAAGCCGCUAAGCUUCCGGGAGAUGUCGACGUCGAGAUUGAGGCGAUUGCGAGCACUUGAGUAUGUGUGAGGGUAAAGUGAAAGAAAAGAUUGUUGUACGAAGACGUUGUUGAAGAAGAAAAGGAAUAUCCCGCUUGCGACAGGGGUUGUGGCGCAACGGCCAUCACAUUUUGCAACAAAACCGGCACUGGCCAUCCUAUAGUGCCUUCAUGAUGCUAGCGCUGUACUCCAGAGAGUCGUCGCUUUCCUACUCGUAAACGCAGAAUGUGAGCAGAAAAAAAUGUAUUUUGUCUGCCACUCCCAACGGAUCUCCGAUCCGAACAUCCGCGCUCGUUUCAUCAUCGAAAUAGAUAAGAUAAUGUGCCACUUGACCAUGUACUCAACACACGCCGC